GAGCCUUUGCUCUUCAAAAAUGCCACCACCCUACUUUAAUUUGCAGAGUCCAUCAUUAAUACCUUUCUAAGCUCUCAUUCUUUUGACAUCAACAUCUUCAAAAGUUAGAAUUUUCUGUCACUUCUUCAGAGCAAAACACGUACAAUUGCAUUCAAUGGAGAAUGUAAGAGUGAUUUUACUCAUCUGGGUUGCAUUCAUUCUUUGUAUUCAUCAAUAUUCGAGCAAUGUAGAUGGGAGAUUUCACUACCACAAGAAGCCGAAAACCAAAAACUCCAAUAAAAGCUCCCCUGCUCCUGACGACUCUAAUCCUCCCACAAUUCCUUCAGACCCUUAUCCAAAUGACCCUGGAAACUCCAGCUCCGACUGCGUUUUCGACGUCACAUCUUACGGUGCAGUGGGAGAUGGUUCCACGGAUGACACUGCCGCAUUCAUGGAGGCUUGGAAAGCUGCAUGUGCAGUGGAGUCUGCUGUUCUUCUUGCUCCUUCUGAUAAAUGUUUUGUUAUCACUUCAACAAUCUUCUCCGGACCAUGCCAGCCAGGACUAGUAUUCCAGUUGGAUGGGGUGUUAAUGCCACCUGAUGGACCAGAAGCUUGGCCAAAAGAAGAUAGCCAUAAACAAUGGAUUGUGUUUUACAGACUGGACGAUAUGAUUUUCACUGGACAAGGAACCAUUGAAGGAAAUGGACAGAAGUGGUGGGAUCUCCCCUGCAAACCUCACAGGGGUCCUAAUGGAUCAACCCUGUCAGGACCAUGUGAUAGCCCUGCUUUAAUUCGGUUCUUCAUGAGCUCCAAUUUGGUGGUCCGUGGACUACGAAUCCAAAAUAGUCCUCAGUUCCACAUGAAAUUCGAUGGAUGCCAAGGUGUUUUGAUAGAGAGGCUGUCCAUUUCUUCACCUAAACUUAGUCCCAACACUGAUGGGAUCCACUUAGAGAACACUCAAGGUGUUGGAAUAUACAAUUCUCAGAUAAGCAAUGGUGAUGACUGCAUAUCAAUCGGAACCGGUUGCGCUAAUGUUGACAUAGAUAGUGUCACUUGUGGCCCUAGUCACGGAAUCAGCAUUGGAAGCCUUGGAGUGCACAAUUCCCAGGCAUGUGUGUCUAACAUAACCGUCCGCAACACAAUGAUAAGGCAAUCGGACAAUGGUGUCCGAAUCAAAACGUGGCAAGGCGGCAGCGGCUGUGUCUCAGGGAUAUCAUUUGAGAACAUCCAGAUGGAAAAUGUGAGGAACUGCAUGAUCAUAGACCAGUACUACUGCAUGUCCAAAGGAUGUCUGAACCAAACCUCUGCUGUCUAUGUCACAGAUGUCUCUUACAGAAACAUUAAGGGCACUUAUGAUGUGAGGAGCCCUCCUAUACACUUUGCUUGUAGUGACACAGUGGCCUGCACCAAUAUAUUGCUAUCAGAAGUUGAGCUAUUACCAGAAGAAGGUGAAUUGGUGGAUGACCCAUUUUGUUGGAACGCUUAUGGAAUUCAAGAGACAUUGACCAUACCUCCUAUCGAUUGCUUGCAAGAAGGGCAGCCUCAGAAUGUGGCAGAGGUGGCCUCAUAUGGUUGCUAAGUUUGUGCUUUUGGGUUUCCAAUAUAUACUGUAUAGAACAGAGCCCAGUUAAGUUAACAGCCAUUUUAUUGUGGAUCUUGUGAUCAUAUUUACUAGGCUGAUCCAUCCCUAGUAGGGUAUUUUUCUCCCUUAUUGUGUGAUGAGAUAGUUAGGUGUUAAUAGUUAAGAACGUAUGCAUUACACUGGAUCUUUACAGGAUUGCUAUCCAAUACUUGUAGUAAUAAAUUUGGAUUUCCUUGGAUUGCUC